UGAGCCCGAGGGAUCCCGGGAGCCUGCGCCUGGCGGGCCUGGGCGGGAACAGCGGCUGUGAGGCGGGGACGGUGGACCGGCCGUUCCUCCAUGUGACUGCAGCACGCCGGAGGUGCCGAGUGCGGGCGAGACAGCCAUGGAGGAGUUUGCCCGGCCCCGAGCUGCGGAGGAAGCCGGAGAGCAGGCGACCCAGGCUUUACCAGGUGCCCGGGAGAAAGGUCCCAAGCUGGCCAAGAGACUGCCGUCCAUCGUGGUGGAGUCAACCGAGUCAGAGAAGGUGGAGAGCGGGGAGCUCCGCUGGCCCCCAGACGACAUCAAGUCCGAGAAGAAGGCUAGCGCCCUCCUGCCGCAGACCAAGCAGGAAGGAACUUUCUCCCCCCAAGAUAAAGACCCAGGCGUUGACACAAGCAGCCUCAGCAAACUUGGAAGACAGAACUAGGUCCCUGCGGGCAGCCUCCUUCUGUGACCGGUGUCGGAAAUUCCCAGGGGUCUGAAGAACUAGAGGAAAGAGCUCUUUAUUUCAAACCGCAAAUGUGUUUGUUUAGAUAGGGUACAGUGGUGAUGGGUGUUUUGGCUUUAGAGAUGCUCUUUGCCACUUUCCGGGUCAGGCAGAGUAUCAGACACCUUGUCAGUGUGACAGAAGGAACGGGGGGGAGGGUGGCCCCCUCCCCUGAAUAUAUCAGCUGUCCCCGUCUCCUGAAUAAACCUUUUCCUGCUCCCUAAGGUCCCGAGGCCAGUGCUCCAUGGCCGUAGGGACGUUUGCGUGGCUGGUUCUCCAAGGACCGAUGAGGGGACCGGUCAGGGAAGUGUUGUUAUGGAUUGAA